UUCUUCACAGAAGUAGUUGUCUUGUGCUGGCAGAAUUAGGCGCCGCGAUCCCGUGCGCUGGGUAGAGCAAUGCUGUAACUCGCCUCUGAUAAACAUUUUCACCUCGUUUUGCACCUUGCCAUCCUUCCCAGGGAUCACACAGGGGGCUGCCGACCGGGUUCCCUCUCUCUGUGUGAGGACUCCGUUUUGCGGCUUGGACUUUAGUAUUUAUUGGGGAAGCCUGUCUGGAGCAAGGAGCGACUCGGAUCUUUGGAUGCCCAUGGAGGGAGACGUUAUGGACAAACUGGAUGAUAUGGCCUCUGUGAGUGAGUUUGACCCCAUCACAGGCAAUAUUCCAGCCACCAAAGUCGAGAUUACUGUGUCUUGCAGGAAUCUUUUAGAUAAAGAUACAUUCUCCAAAUCAGACCCACUCUGCGUCCUGUACAUUCAAGGAGUUGAAUCCAAGCAGUGGAGAGAGUUUGGAAGAACAGAAGUGAUUGACAACACAUUGAACCCAGACUUCAUCCGGAAAUACAUCCUAGAUUACUUCUUUGAAGAAAAACAGAAUCUACGCUUUGACUUUUAUGACGUGGAUUCAAAAAGCCCAGAUCUGUCUAAACAUCCCUCCGAACUCAACGACUUUCUCGGGCAGACUUUCUGCACUUUGGGGGAGAUCGUGGGCUCACCAGCAAGCCGUCUGGAGAAGCCCUUGGGUGGGAUCCCAGGGAAGAAAUGCGGGAUGGUGAUUUUAUCUGCAGAAGAGCUUGGAAACUGCAGAGACAGUGCGACUAUGCAGUUCUGUGCCAACAAGCUGGACAAGAAGGAUUUCUUUGGGAAAUCAGACCCGUUCAUGGUCUUUUACAGAAGUAAUGAAGAUGGAACGUUUACAAUCUGUCACAAAACGGAAGUGGUGAAGAAUACCCUGAAUCCAGUGUGGCAAGCGUUUGCAAUUCCAGUCCGGGCCCUCUGCAAUGGGGACUAUGACAGAACAAUCAAGGUGGAGGUGUACGACUGGGACCGGGAUGGGAGCCAUGACUUUAUUGGAGAAUUUACAACCAGCUACCGAGAGCUAGCCAGAGGACAAAGCCAGUUCAAUGUGUAUGAGGUGGUAAAUCAAAAAAAGAAAAUUAAGAAAAAGAAAUACACCAACUCAGGAACAGUUACGUUGCUGUCCUUCACAGUGGAAUCAGAGUACACAUUCCUCGACUACAUCAAAGGGGGGACCCAGAUCAAUUUUACAGUGGCCAUCGAUUUCACCGCGUCCAAUGGGAACCCGUCCCAGUCCACCUCACUGCACUACAUGAACCCGUACCAGAUGAACGCGUAUGCCAUGGCGCUGAAGGCAGUGGGCGAGAUCAUCCAAGACUACGACAGCGACAAGAUGUUCCCCGCGCUGGGCUUCGGUGCCAAGCUGCCUCCUGAUGGAAGAGUCUCACACGAAUUCCCUCUGAAUGGCAAUACAGAAAACCCAUACUGCAAUGGGAUAGAGGGAAUAUUAGAAGCCUACCACCAGAGCCUGAAGACUGUUCAACUCUAUGGGCCAACCAACUUUGCACCAGUUGUCAACCAUGUGGCGAGGUAUGCAGCUGCCGUGCAGGAUGGCUCGCAGUAUUUCAUCCUCCUAAUUAUCACAGAUGGGGUCAUAUCGGAUAUGGCUCAGACAAAGGAAGCCAUUGUGAGCGCCGCUAAACUUCCAAUGUCCAUCAUCAUUGUUGGAGUGGGACAAGCUGAAUUUGAUGCAAUGGUGGAAUUGGAUGGAGAUGAUAUCAGAAUCUCUUCCCGAGGGAAGUUGGCUGAGCGCGAUAUUGUCCAGUUCGUCCCGUUUCGAGAUUACAUGGACCGCACAGGGAACCACGUGCUCAGCAUGGCCCGGCUGGCCAAGGACGUCCUGGCAGAGAUCCCAGAGCAGUUCAUCUCCUACAUGAAGACGCGGGGCAUCAAACCCAACCCGUCCCCGCCCCCCUACACGCCUCCCAGCCACACCCUCCACACACAGAUCUGACAGCAGAGCCGGUGGAGGGCCCCGGGACACGUAGAGGGGUCUUGAAUGUCUUGUGUAUCAGCCGCUCGUGUUCUGUCCAUAGAUAGUGGGGUGAGAAACAGAAGAGUCGGUAUUUUGUACUGUUACUGUCACGCAACAAACUGAGAUACACUGAGAUACACUGACAAAGGCACGUUGUAAGACAAAGGACCGAGAGAGAGAAGAGAAAGAAAGGAAUGGCUUUUUUGUCACACAGAAGAGUGUGGUUCUGAUUGUGUAGAUUCCUCUUCCCGUGUGUGAUUGUCUACCUGUUCUGAAGACCUUGUAGUGUGAUGAGCGCUGAGCAGUGCGUAGGAGAAAGCUGUACGUUUGUAUGUAGAUACCUUUCUAAACGGUGUCCUUUGGGUUAUGAAGUUUACACACAAUGAUUUAUAGAGUUUUAACUAUUUAUAAUGGAAAAUAUCAGUGUCCUUGAGGGGACCAUUUCCUUUUAUGAAGUUUAUUUGAAGUCGAAGUAUCUACUAGCGGCUUUUCUAAUAACAGUGACAAACAAAGCAUGGCAUGGAGCAACUAAGUAGCUCUUCAGCAUAAUAUUAAAAUUAGUUUUUGUUUAGUCUUAAUGCUAAUUGCCUUUUUCUUCUCCCUUGGCUAUAAUGAAUCCUGCUGGGAAUGAGAAUGUGUGCUUCUUGAGAGGUCUUCACGUUUCACACUGGCCUGCUGUGAUCUGUUUUGUUUUACCUGUUCAAAGCCGCUCGAGGUUGAACUCUUGUGACAGCACACCAAAAUAAAUCAUCGAAUUACUUCUUAACCAUCAUCUUCAUGGUGCACUGCACCUCCCUCUUUAGAAGACACACCGUAUGAAAGGGUCUAAACCUAUAGUGUCUACACAACCCCUAGUAUUUAUAUACUGCUUCUCUUAUUAGGAGUGACAAUUGCAAUUGUUAAUAGGCCACAUCUCUUUUGUGUUAAAGAAUAUAACAUUUUACACCAGUAUGACACUCUCAGUUACUUAUGUAUGCAAAACAUCAUGGUAAAACUAACAAAUAUGUGCAGGAAGCCGGAACUCUGAAUCCCAAAACCUACCGAAUCUGUUUCUCUCAUUUGGCACCAAACACAAAAUAUGAAAGUCUGGUCCUGUAAUCUCUAGUUCAGCCCUGUUUCGUAAUAAAAGAGGAUCUUGCGUGGCUAUAAAAGCAUCAGCAGGAACCAUUUGGCCUGACCUUGUUCUGCUAGAUAUCAACAGCGCAGAGUAUGCAAUUCUAUGGCUCCUUUUUUUUCUCUCUUGGUAACGGUUGCUCAGUUGCUUGCAAAAUGUUCCUCGUUGUAUAAAAAUAUCCACUUCAGGUAGAAGAAAACAUCAAUGCAGCAGUUUACCAAUCUGUAAAGAUCUCUGAGCUAUUGUGUUUGAAUGUCUCACUCCUCUGAAUGAAGCGCGACCCGGCUUUCUGAAAAAUGUCUUCCCAGCAACUUAGGCCCAUGUUUUGUUUGGUAAAUGAGCCCCUUGUGGGCAUAUCUUGGAACUGCUAAGCCACAUCCCCCCUAUCAUCCCCCCGAUUGGACGGUCAGCAGGAGGCGGUGUCCAGUUAUCUCAUUUUGUAAUGUACGUGUUUAUUAAUAAAUCAUUCAUCAUAUCUGUUCAACGCUCUUUAAAAUCAGCGCUGAAUUCCCUUCAGCGACUGACUAGAUUUCAGAACAGUAUAUAACGGAUAAUGAUGUAAUACAUAUUGAAUUAUUACCAUUGUUUUUUAUGGGGCAUUCACAUUUGCUGUUCAGUAAAAGCAAAAUAGGAAGGAAGGGGGGCAGCUUAAGCCUUUUAAAUUAAACAUUUUAAAGAAAUGAAAGCCCAAACACUUGAAUUGCUUUAGUGAUUACACCAUUUUAUAAUACAAAAAUUACAUUACAAACAACUUUUUAAAAUCGUUAUUCAUUAUCAUUAAACUGCACUUGUACCCACAGAUGUUUUGAAUACAUAUUUAAAAAGGAUAUUUAUAUGUGAAGUUAAAUAUUUAGCAAACAAUUUGGAGACUGUCUGCCCUAAUAUUACAAUGAGGGCUCAUUUUUACAGGAAUAAAAAUAAAGAAAAAACGUUUUGACUUUGAUACAGCAUUGUUUUCAAAGUGAUCUAUUCAGCAUUUUAAUAACUUCCUAAACUGACUGAAAUACAACAGCCUAGAAGUAGCUAUUUUUCUACUUUAUAAACUAGAAUUGUGUCGUUUCUCUGCCUGUGUUUAGAAAGAGAACACUGUUGAGCGAUUAAUCAUGAAUUAAAACGGCACGCUUACAAUAACAAUGUGGACGAAGAGAUACAAAUCAUGUUAAAUGCUGAAUAUUAAACACGCUUCAAAAUCCAAAUGCAUUUUCUAAUAUUUAAUAUGUGUUGACUUAGCACCUUUCUUUAUCAGUAGGCAGAUAACUACCUUUAAGUUAUAGAACAAUAUGCAUUAACAACACAAUGUUUGGAAAGUAGUCAGUUUCCUGAUCACAUCAUUUCAUGCUAAUGCUGAGAGCAUGUAUUUAAUAUUAUAAAGAGUGUGUAACCGUGUAGUAGUUAAAAACAUCACACUAACAUCUGGCAAGGGAUUUACAAUGUCAUUCUGAUCUGCAGUGACUGCUUUUCUGCUUUUCUUCUUUCAGUAUUUUACUGUGCACUUGGUCCCAUUAUCUGAAUAGUAUUCACAACAGUACUGAUGGACUGCCAGGCAUUGAUUUAGAGAGAACCAGGCCAAGUCUCAAACUGUGGAAGGACCAAGUGAUGGGCAACGAAACUAAAUAAAGGUGCUGCAGCUGAGACCUACAGAGGUCAAAGCAUGGGCUGCCUAAUGAGGCGGGGUCAGCAUCUAGAGAACAUGGGAACAGCACAAUGUAACAUUUCCUAAUUGAUUUCUUUUGCACAUAGCGACAGCUCCAAAGCAACGCAGCUACUGGACUUUAUAACUUGGAAAAGCUAUUAAAGGAAAUGUUAAUAUGUCAACAAGCUAGCUUCCAAAUUGUUGUACACAGUUUACAUUACAAAGAUUUUAUGGUAACAUUUUACAUUUUGUCUCAAAUUACUGUGUAUUUGCAUUGUAGUUACUUAGUAAAUACAUAUGUACUCACACAUAAUUACAAUGUUAUUAUACAUAGUUACAAGGUACUUAAUGUGUAAAUCAUUUUGCAUGAUAUAUGUAAGUACACAGUCGUUUCAGAAAAGGGUUAAGGGGGUUAGGGUUAGGUUUGGAGUUAGGGUUAUAUUGUGCAAAAAUAAUAACAUUGUAAUUAUGUGUAAGUGCACAUGUAUUUACUAAGUAACUACUAUGCAAAUACACAGUAAUUAGAGACACUGAAUGGAAAGUGUUACCGGUUUUAUAUACACUACCGGUCAAAAGUUUUAGAACACCUCAUUUUUUCCAGUUUUUAUUGAAAUUUACGCAGUUUAAUGUCUCAAUGUACUCUGAAAUUAAAGCAUAGAACAAAUAAACAAUUGGAGAUAAAAAAAGAAAUCAUGGAAUCAUUUUGUUUAACAAAAUUUAAUCUAAAUUUUUGACUCAUCAAAGUAGCCACCUUUUGCAGAUAUAACAGCCGAACACACUCGUGGCAUUCUUUCUACAAUGGAAAUCAAAUAUUGUUUGGAAAGUUCUUCCCAACACUGUUGCAGAAGUUCCCACAAAUGUGUUGCACUUGUAGGUUGCUUUGCUUUCACCCUUCUGUCCAGUUCAUCCCAAACCAGCUUGAUGGGGUUUAAGUCUGGAGACUGUGCUGGCCAUUCCAUGAUUUGAAGCCUACCGUCUUGUUCUUUUCUUCUAAGGUAGUUCUGACAUAGCCUGGAGGUAUGUUUUGGGUCAUUAUCUUGCUGUAGGAUGAACCCCUGAUCAACUAGGCGUAUACCAGAGGGUAUUGCAUGGCGCUGCAAAAUGCUGUGGUAGCAGUUUUGGUUCAGGGUGCCACUCACUCUGUGCAAGUCGCCGACUCUGGAUCCAGCAAAAGAGCCCCAGACCAUCACGCUUCCUCCUCCAUGUUUGACAGUUGGUGUCACACACCGAGGAACCAUCCUUUCGCCUACUCGACGACGUACAAAAACCCUGCGUGAUGAACCGAAGAUUCCAAAUUUUGAUUCAUCGGUCCAUAAGAACUUCUUCCAGUCUUCAGUAGUCCACUGGCGGUGCUUCAUGGCCCAGGCAAGCCUCUUUUUCUUAUUUUGCCAUCUUAGCAAUGGCUUUCUUACUGCCACUCGACCUGUCAAACCUGCAGCUCGAAGUCUUCUCUUCACAGUUGAAACUGAGACUUGCUUACUUUGACCAGUGUUAAGCUGUGCUUGAAGCUGUUGUCCUGUGAGCCGCCUAUCACGCAAGCUGUUGACUCUCAGAAACUUGUCUUCUGAUUCUGUUGUGGCUUUGGGUCUGCCAGACCUCUUCCUGUCAGAGUUUCCUCCAGUUUCCAAGUGCCUUUUGAUGGUGUAGGAAACUGUACUCACUGACACCUUGGCUUUCUUUGCAAUUUCUCUAAAGGAAAGACCUACACUUUUAAGGGUUAUAAUGGUCUGUCUGUCUUCCUUUGUUAAUUGCCUUUUUCUCGCCAUUAUGAGAGCAAUAUACUACUUCCUGCAGUACAAUACUGUCCAAAUAAUGCUUAAGAGGGUGUAGUAACACAGUCUGUUCCAACACUGCUUUUAUACAGACAGAGGGUUUGUAAGUAAUCAACAAAAGUUGGGACACCUGUAGGAAUUGUUAGCAUCAACUUUCAAGGCUUAAUUUACUCCCAUUGCUGCAGAACAGCUGUAAGUUGUUAACCCAUUACUUGUUCCCUGAAAAAGGCCUUUUUGUAUAACUCUGAAAUGUACAUUAUUUUUCAGUUUUUGGUAACCUAAACUUUUUUUUUUAACCUCUGGCAGUUUACCGCUUACCUUUGUACCAUUUCAGGUUAUUCACUGGACUUGAACUGCUUAAAUUUCAAUAAAAACUGGAAAAAUGGGGGUGUUCUAAAACUUUUGACUGGUAGUGUAUAUAUAUUCAGUAAUCCAAACAUAUACACACACACACACACACACACACACACACACACACACACACACACACACACACCCCUCUGACAAGAGUUCCAAUACUUGGAAGAUACUGUAUAUAUGUGAAGAUUGAUGAAAGCGUGAUAGGAAUUGUACCUCGUAUAGAGUACAUUGAUGUUAUUGUUGACCAGUAAAGAAAACAAGCAUGCUCUUACUCUAUGACCUAUUGAGCAGGAUGACCCACAUGGAGAACCAUUAACCCAAGCAAAAGCAGUUCAGGGUGAUUACAGAUUCAGUAUUUCCACAAACCCCAGAGAGGAUUAUAGGACUGAAUAAUUGUUAAGUGGACUUUCUGUAAUCCAGGGGAACACACAAUAUGAGCUUUGUAACCGAAGAGCGUUAUAAACAGGGGAGGGGGUGGGGGCGCCACGGGACAUAUAACAACCUGACAAAAACAAAAUAAAACAACUCCCUCUCUAUAAUCCACAUAUAGUGAAGCAGAAAUGUAACUUUCAGUGAAUUACCCAUGCAUAAAGCACCAUGUAAUCAAUGCAAUAUUUAA